AUGAACGAGCUGCUAGAUGACUCUGUAAAUGCUUCUGAUUUCCCUGAUUAUGCAGCCGCUCUUGGAAAUUGCACUGAUGAAAAGAUCCCACUCAAGAGGCACUACCUCCCUGUAAUCUAUAGCAUCAUCUUCCUGGUGGGCUUUCCCGGGAACGCAGUCGCCAUUUCCACGUACGUCUUCAAAAUGCGGCCCUGGAGAAGCAGCACCAUCAUCCUGCUGAACCUGGCCUGCACCGACCUGCUCUAUCUCACCAGCCUCCCCUUCCUGAUUCACUACUACGCCAGCGGCGAGAACUGGAUCUUUGGCGACUUCAUGUGCAAGUUUAUCCGCUUCGGCUUCCAUUUCAACCUGUACAGCAGCAUCCUCCUCCUCACCUGUUUCAGCAUCUUCCGCUACGUUGUCAUCAUCCACCCGAUGAGCUGCUUUUCCAUGCACACGACUCGGUGGGCCGUGGUGGCCUGCGCCGUGGUGUGGAUCGUUUCGCUGGUGGCCGUCAUGCCCAUGACCUUCCUGAUCACAUCGACCACCAGGACCAACAGGUCUGCCUGCCUCGACCUCACGAGCUCGGAUGACCUCACAGCCAUCAAAUGGUACAACCUGAUUUUGACGGCGACCACGUUCUGCCUCCCGUUGGUGAUAGUGACGCUUUGCUAUACGACGAUCCUCUACACCCUCACCCAGGGCCCUCAGACGCACAGCUGCCUUAAGCAGAAAGCUCGGAGGCUGACCAUUCUGCUGCUCCUCGUGUUUUAUAUAUGCUUUUUGCCCUUCCACAUCUUAAGGGUCGUUCGGAUCGAAUCUCGCCUGCUUUCCAUCAGCUGCUCCACCGAGAGUCAGAUCCACGAGGCGUACAUCGUUUCUAGACCGCUGGCCGCCCUCAACACCUUUGGCAACCUGUUGCUGUAUGUGGCGGUCGGCAACAACUUCCAGCAGGCCGUCUGCUCGAUGGUGAGGUGCACAGCAGGUGGGAACCUGGAGCAAGGGAAGAAAAUCAGUCAGUCAAACAACCCCUGA